UACAACAAACACGUUAAUGGUCGGCAAACUAUUUUCUGUCCGCAUGUGAUGUUAUUGAAACAUACUUACCUCGAAUAUAUCGUUUGAUACAACAGUGCAUUGUUUGUGUCUUAUAUUAACAUGAUUUUUGGAAUACUUUGGUUCCUGUCGGUUCCAAGUCUGUGUUCUGGAUUCUAUGUUCCAGGAGUAGCACCAAAAGAGUUUAAGAAAAAUGAUCUUGUAGAGGUCAAGGCUGUGAAGAUGACCAGCAUCAGGACACAGCUACCAUAUGAAUAUUAUUCUCUUAGAUUCUGUGAGCCAAAAGAUGGGAAAAAAUACAAAGUGGAAAAUCUUGGUGAAGUGUUGAGGGGUGACAGAAUAGUGAAUACUCCAUACGAGAUAAGAAUGGCCACAAAUAUGGAAUGUAAAGUUCUCUGUGAUAAAAUUAAACUGACAGCAAAGGAAUCAAAGCUCAUGGCAGAAAGAAUUAGAAAGAACUAUUAUGUCCACUUAAUUGUGGAUAAUUUACCAUGUGCUACACAGUUCAAAUUGAUGGAUUCAAAUGAGGUCCAAUAUGAACAUGGUUACAAGCUUGGAUUUGUAAAAGACGGAAAGGUCUAUCUCAAUAACCACUUAAAGAUGCAGCUCAAAUACCACACUGAUGAUAAUACGGACUUCCGAGUAGUAGGAUUUGAAGUUGAUGCAAAAAGUGUCAAAUAUGGAGAACUGAAUACAGAUGCUGAAGGCAGAUGCGACUUCAAAAAUAGACAAAAAAGUACACUUGUUCAACUUCAAGAGCUGAAAGAAGAUGGUGAAAAUGAGAUUCUCUACACAUACGAUGUGCUUUGGGAAAACAGUGACAUUCGUUGGGCAUCACGAUGGGACAUCUACCUGACCAUGAGUGACGUGCAAAUUCACUGGUUCUCCAUCAUCAACUCUGUGGUGGUUGUCAUCUUUCUGUCUGGAAUUUUAACAAUGAUAAUGGUUAGGACUUUGAGAAAGGACAUUGCUCGAUACAACAGAGACGAUGAUAUAGAGGAGACAUUAGAAGAGACAGGAUGGAAACUGGUUCACGGGGAUGUCUUCAGACCCCCCAAACACACAAAGACUCUUGCCUCCCUACUGGGGGCCGGGAUGCAGACCUUCUUCAUGGCUGUUAUCACGAUAUUCUUUGCCAUGUUAGGAAUGUUGUCACCUGCCUCUCGUGGAGCUCUAAUGACAGCUGCCAUUUUUCUAUUUGUUUUCAUGGGAAUUUUUGCUGGCUUUGUGUCUGGGAGAAUAUACAAGACAAUGAAAGGACAACAGUGGAAAAAGGCAGCUUUCCAGACAGCAACUUUGUAUCCAGGUUUUAUGUUUGGAACAGUGUUUGUGCUUAACUUCUUUAUAUGGGGAAAGCAUUCAUCUGGUGCGCUGCCAUUUACUACCAUGUUGGCAUUGUUGUGUAUGUGGUUUGGUAUAUCUGUGCCGCUGGUGUUCCUGGGCUAUUACUUUGGUUACAGAAAACAGCCAUAUGAGCAUCCAGUAAGAACAAACCAAAUACCUAGACAGGUCCCUGAACAAAUGUGGUAUAUGAACCCAGCUCUAGGGAUCAUUAUGUCUGGUAUCUUGCCUUUUGGAGCUAUGUUUAUAGAAUUAUUCUUCAUUUUUACAGCAAUUUGGGAGAACCAGUUUUAUUACUUGUUUGGUUUCCUGUUUCUCGUGUUCAUCAUUCUGGUCAUCUCUGUGUCUCAGAUUUCCAUUGUGAUGGUGUACUUCCAACUCUGUGGUGAGGAUUACCACUGGUGGUGGAAGACGUUUAUUGUGUCUGGAGGAUCUGCAGUUUAUGUGUUUGCAUACUCAAUAUUUUACUUUGUAACAAAGCUGGAAAUCACAGAAUUCAUUCCUACACUUCUGUACUUUGGUUACACUUUGUUGAUGGUUUUCACCUUCUGGAUUCUAACAGGAACCAUUGGAUUCUAUGCCGCAUAUUUCUUCAUUCGAAAAAUAUAUGGGGCUAUAAAAAUAGAUUGAUCAACGUGUGUGCUUAUAUAAGCCACUGAAAUUAUAAUUUACAGUUCUGAUAUAUUGACAGUUAAGGAAUAUGUGGUUUGUUCUUAAUCAUACGGGAACAAGACAUGAUGGAGAUGGUCAAGAAUCUUACAUGUGAAGUCGAAUAAAGUGCAAAAUGGCUCCUGUUUACAUUAUAUGAAAGAAAUGCAAAACUAUGGGGUAUUUCAUGAUAAAAUCAAAUGUGAUUUCAUAUAUAAUGUCUACAAAUGCUAUGUGAUCUGUAGUUGUAUUCACCUCCACAUGAGUAAGUUAAAGGUUAAGAUUUGAUGUACAUUUAUUUAUGCCAGAUUCAUCAGUGCUGGUUUGAGGGAGUAUACUAUGAUAUAAGUGUGGGUUUCAUUUCAAGAGUUGAUAUUUUUAGCAUACACUUCAGUUUUAUUUUCAUUGACACGUGGUUUUUCAUUUUCUCUCGAUUUGAAUGUAUGUACAUUUUAUUGUUGGAAAUAGAACGGUUGCAAAGUGAUGGAAAUUUAUUUAAUUGCUUUUUUAUGCUCCCUUCAAAGAAGAGAGGGUUUGUUUUGUCUUGUUUCUUUUUUUUUAUAUUUAUUAUUGUUUAAAAAAAAAGUAACGUGAAAGAAAUUGACUUUCAUGACAGAGUAAGAAUUGAAGUGUGACACUGUAUUUGUCAUACAUCAUUUUGAUGAUGGAGUGAGUGGUAUGCAAGUCAAUAUGCUCUGUAUGCACAAUUUGAUAGAGAACUAUAAAUGGAGACCUUGGAGUAGAUUGUACAUGUAUAUGAACAUUUGCUUGAAGUGUUAAAUUUUACCUGUAUGAAGUAUAACCUUUCAAUAUCAGGUAUUAUAAUGACUUUUCAAUGUCAUUGAUAUAACUUAAAUAUUAGGACAUGUAUUGAAUUCUUCAGCUUUUAUGAUUUUCCAAAGUUUUUGAAUGAUUUGCUAUUCUAGUUUUCCAGAUGGAUUGUACUUUAUCUUGCUAUGUUAAUAUUCAGUUCAGAAUAGCCAUGAUCUGAUUAAAGAAUUUACAAAUGAUAUAAACAUUCCCUAUCCUAAGUAUUAAUCUUGCAUUAAUCCUGUAUAGUAUAAUUUAGGAUACAGCCAAUCACUUUAACCUUGUACAUUGCAUUAUAUAUGAAAUGAAAAGCAGUCUUAGCAUUGUGAUAAAAGAACAUCAUUGUUUUGAGAAUUUUUGUGUGUUUGUACGUGCAUGCUAGCAGAGAAGAGUCUGAGAAUGCUUCUUGUUGUGAAUAUUGAAUCAUUAGUUUUUAAGUUGCAAGUGAAAACAAACAAUCCAAUUUCUUAUGAUCACAUAAACUAAUACUAUUGACUUUCCAUUUUAGUAAAUGUUAGUACUUUCAUUCAUGAUACAGAAUAAAUGAGUGUAUAUAAA